CAGGUGGCCCAGCCAGUUUUGCCUCUGAUGCCUCAUUCCAGCUGUCAGCUAUCUGUGUCUACGAUGAGAGCCUCUGGCCACCUCAGCCGCCUUCCCGACGGUGGGUUUUGGGCCCCAGACAUGCGGUGAUCUCAAAGCAAGGGCUGCCACCACCAUCUGGAACCUCCCAGCAUAUGCCGUAGGUUCCAGCAAUGAAUGCCCACUCCAAGGAGAUGGUGCCCCUCAUGGGCAAAAGAACCAUUGCACCUGGCGGGAACUCUGUUGUGAUGACAGAGAAGAGGCCAGCAGAUCUCACCCCCACCAAGAAGAGUGCACACUUCUUCCUGGAGAUAGAAGGAUUUGAGCCUAACCCCACGGUCACCAAGACCUCUCCCCCCAUCUUCUCCAAGCCAAUGGACUCCAACAUCCGGCAGUGCCUCUCUGGCAACUGUGAUGACAUGGAUUCCCCUCAGUCUCCUCAGGAUGAUGUGACAGAGACCCCAUCCAAUCCCAACAGUCCAAGCGCAAACCUGGCCAAGGAAGAACAGAGGCAGAAGAAGAAGCGGCUGAAGAAGCGCAUCUUCGCAGCUGUGUCCGAGGGUUGCGUGGAGGAGCUGCGGGAACUCCUGCAGGAUCUUCAGGAGCUCUGUAGACGGCGCCGCGGCUUGGAUGUGCCUGACUUCCUCAUGCACAAGCUGACAGCCUCAGACACUGGGAAGACCUGCCUGAUGAAGGCUUUGCUCAACAUCAAUCCCAACACCAAAGAGAUCGUGCGGCUUCUGCUUGCCUUCGCUGAGGAGAACGACAUCCUGGACAGGUUCAUCAACGCCGAGUACACGGAAGAGGCCUAUGAAGGGCAGACAGCGCUGAACAUCGCCAUCGAGCGGCGCCAGGGAGACAUCACAGCAGUGCUUAUAGCAGCGGGUGCUGACGUCAACGCUCAUGCCAAGGGGGUCUUCUUCAACCCCAAAUACCAGCAUGAAGGCUUCUAUUUUGGUGAGACACCCCUGGCCUUGGCAGCUUGUACCAACCAGCCUGAGAUUGUACAGCUGCUGAUGGAGAACGAGCAGACGGACAUCACUUCCCAGGACUCUCGGGGAAACAACAUCCUGCAUGCGCUGGUGACGGUGGCUGAGGACUUCAAGACCCAGAAUGACUUUGUUAAGCGCAUGUAUGACAUGAUCCUGCUGAGGAGUGGCAACUGGGAGCUGGAGACCAUGCGCAACAAUGAUGGUCUCACACCACUGCAGCUGGCUGCCAAGAUGGGCAAGGCUGAGAUCCUGAAGUACAUCCUCAGCCGUGAGAUCAAGGAGAAACCUCUCCGGAGCCUGUCCAGGAAGUUCACGGACUGGGCAUAUGGGCCCGUGUCAUCUUCACUCUAUGACCUCACCAACGUAGACACCACAACAGAUAACUCUGUGCUGGAAAUCAUCGUCUACAACACCAACAUUGAUAACCGGCAUGAGAUGCUGACCCUGGAACCUCUGCAUACACUGCUGCAUAUGAAAUGGAAAAAAUUUGCCAAGUACAUGUUCUUCUUGUCCUUCUGCUUCUAUUUCUUCUAUAACAUCACCCUGACCCUCGUCUCUUACUACCGCCCUCGGGAAGAUGAGGCUCUCCCACAUCCCUUGGCCCUGACACACAAGAUGGGGUGGCUUCAGCUCCUAGGGAGGAUGUUUGUUCUUAUCUGGGCCACGUGCAUCUCGGUGAAAGAGGGCAUUGCCAUUUUCCUGCUGAGACCCUCCGAUCUUCAGUCCAUACUGUCGGAUGCCUGGUUUCAUUUUGUCUUUUUUGUCCAAGCUGUGCUUGUGAUACUGUCUGUAUUCUUGUACUUGUUUGCCUACAAAGAAUACCUCGCCUGCCUCGUGCUGGCCAUGGCCCUGGGCUGGGCGAACAUGCUCUACUACACGAGAGGCUUCCAGUCUAUGGGCAUGUACAGCGUCAUGAUCCAGAAGGUCAUUUUGCACGAUGUUCUCAAGUUCUUGUUUGUUUACAUCCUGUUCUUACUUGGAUUUGGAGUAGCACUGGCCUCAUUGAUCGAGAAGUGCUCCAAGGACAAAAAGGACUGCAGCUCCUAUGGCAGCUUCAGCGAUGCAGUGCUGGAGCUCUUCAAGCUCACCAUAGGCCUGGGCGACCUGAACAUCCAGCAGAACUCCACCUACCCCAUCCUCUUUCUCUUCCUACUCAUCACCUAUGUCAUCCUCACCUUUGUCCUCCUCCUCAACAUGCUCAUUGCCUUGAUGGGGGAGACGGUGGAGAACGUCUCCAAAGAAAGUGAGCGGAUCUGGCGCUUGCAGGCUUCUUUAUCUCCUCAGAGAGCCAGGACCAUCUUGGAGUUUGAGAAAAUGUUACCAGAAUGGCUGAGAAGCAGAUUCCGCAUGGGUGAGCUGUGCAAAGUAGCAGAUGAGGACUUCCGGCUGUGUCUGCGGAUCAACGAGGUGAAGUGGACUGAAUGGAAAACGCAUGUGUCUUUCCUUAAUGAAGACCCAGGGCCCAUAAGACGGACAGCAGAUUUAAACAAGAUUCAAGAUUCUUCCAGGAGCAAUAGCAAGACCACCCUCUAUGCAUUUGAUGAGUUAGAUGAAUUUCCAGAAACAUCGGUGUAGAAGCAUGGCUUAAGGCUGAUGUGAAUACUGUCGUUUGAUGCUGCAGGCUGAGCCCUGGUGCUGAAGUGCUCUGCAGAGUGCUCAACUAGAAGCAAAAUGCUCCUCACACCGACUGGUGGCUGCUGAGGAGCGGCAGUCAGGAUCUGAAAGGAAAGCACCUUGGGUUUUGUGACUCCAGAGGUCAGGGCAAAUCCAUGGCCACCAGUUCUGAGUCUGGAAGUCUCCUGAUGCCCCGGGUGAGGAACCUGCAGGUUCACUUGGCUCCAAGACACAUGUGCUGGGGAAGGAAGGAAUUGGGGUCUGAGCGGUGGGGAGAGCAGUCUUCCCUCUACUAUAGUCUGCCCACAGACUCCUCCUUUAUCUCCCCAACUAUGACUGUGCCUCCUGAAUUGGUGGGGGAUCCUGUCCCAGCAUGUGUAGAGGACCUGAGCUAAGCUGGAUCUACUGGGGGAAGAGGGGAAUGAACGAUGGGAAUGCCCUAACUGAGCCUCCAGGAAACAGGAUAACUGGAUUCCAUCCUUGGACCUAAAUCCAAGGUUAAACCUAUCUCCAACCGAGGGAUGUUUUAAUAGUGUAACUGACACAGAGUUUUUUAGUUCAGAAAAGCCAUUUCAGUUUUGAAUGACAGUUACUUCAGAUGAAGUAGGCAACUUUAAAAGCUAAGAAGUAGAUUUUGGGCUUUUGGACUGAAUGUAAGUAUUAUAUACUAGGCCUCAGGAUGGCCAGGGUCAGGACAACAAACGUUUCCUCACGCACACAAAGCCUGAGGGAGACAGGCUGUGAUCUGGGGGAAAGGUUUGGUACCCAUCCUCUUUCAGUCUCAUCCAGUGCUGGCCUCACUUCAACUGAGUCAGAAAUAGCAGCUGAUCUAUUGAGAGGGUCUUAAAGCUCAGAGAUGACUAGCACUCCAGUGUUUCCCAUUGGGGAAAUCAGCAAGAUGCCUAAAACACACUGCUAUCAUAUGUUUUUGUUGACUGUGAAUAUUGAAACUGUAGAAGAGGCUUCUGAGGAAAGAAUGUCUCCCAAACUUAGGGCUUAUUUCAUAUCCUCAGCCUCAGAUUUUUUUUUUCUCCUUGAAAUUUCAGAGUCAGUUUGUUAGAUUAGAGGGUAGAGUUUGGAGAAUUUCUCCAAUGGCUAGAACUGAAAUAUUCCACCCCCCCCAACCCCAACCUACACUCUUCUAUUAUUUAGUAAAAGGAUUCAUGUGGAAAGGUUUGAGAUAGAAUUAUAGAUUAUGAAGUUUUUUUUUUUUAAAUGUUAAGUGGGUUGAAAUAAGCUGGGCCUUUAGAAAACUUGGCAAUUAUUGAGCUAAUCAGACUAGAGACCACACAAAGCAGUCCACUCUGGCAGGUUUCUGCAUUCUAGAAAGUUCCAAGUACCAGCUUAGCUGGACAGGUGAAAAUUGGCCAUUACAUCCUGAAUGGCCAGGUGAGGGAGAGAUGGGGGAUGGUACAGCAUGGAUGUCUACCCAGUCUGCAGUAGCCACUACCUGCUCAACCUUCUGGAGUCUCUAUUGCUCAAAGAUCAAGUAGGGGAAGAUGACAAAGCAUGUGUCUUUGAAAAGCAAAAACCUUAGGGGGACAUCAUCAUCAUAAGAAGAAGUGCUCCUGAGGGGCAGAAACAGUGAGAGAACUGGAUUGAGAUUUUGGUUCAGUUCAGUAGACAGCUGCUUCAGGAGUUUGGAAGAAAUGGGCUGAGCACUUGUUGGGAAGAUGUCGAAGAAAGCAAUUAGGUGAAUCUUGCGGUUCCUAGACAUUCUACAAGCGAGUAUUCCAUAGCUGGAGUCUCCUUGAGUUAUCCUGAACAGAAGUCCCUGUUUAAAGGGCAACCGCUGGUUCUAGGGAGCUGGGAUUCCAGCUUUGUGUUGGCUUGGAAGUCAGUAGAUAAAACCACAUAACUGCAUUUCCCACUUGGAUGGAAGGUGUGGGAAGUUGGGCAGAUAAAAAAAUUAGCUUCUCACAUGUUGUGGAGCUCUGCUUUUUGUGGAUCUGGAUGGAAUUUUUGGGCAAACCCAUUUCCAAACUGCCUAUUCAUCUAAAUGUGGCCCCCUCCCCCAAGUGAAGGCUUUCAGCCCAGAGGGUCAAGCUAAGAAGGUUCAUUAAAGCAAGGAAAGGCAUCGCAACAAGUGGUGUCCUGCUCAAAAGGGGACCAAAUCCCUCAUUAUACUUGUAAAGACUCAGGCUCUGGAAUGAACAUAGACAUGUUCAAAGCCAUGUCAGAGCAGGUGGGGCUAGGAUGUCCUGAUUUCUGGGCCACAGGGAUCCUUCUGUGGCUUUUAUCAUUGGGUCUUUUUGUAGUUGCCACAUUUAGGGGCUAGUUUUUUUUUUUUUUCUUUUAUGACUCGGAAGUUAUCAUUUGUCCUUACAACCCAAUGACAAGUCUAAAGGUCAAAUGUGCCUAAAGCCACACAAUAUCAACAAAGAUAGCAAGAAUAUAAACACACUACUGACUCUGUUGACCUAUCAGGAUACCUUAAAACUCCAUGAUUUACAUUUCAGUAAUUUAGGGGGAAGAGGUUUUCUGGGAAUGAGCCUGAGCAUGCUUCAGUAGUAGCUGCAAACCCUGUUUUAGAUAAACAUCUCCCCAGGAAGAGUUUUGUAUUCAAGACAUUAUGUCGAGUGUCUGUCUGGAAUAACAUGGGUGCUUCCUUCCUUCCUGGUGUGGGGAGAAGGAGUAAAAGUUGUACUGUGAAGUCAUUGAGCUCUCAGGCAUCUGCCCAAGAGAGUACAGUAUUAUUGAGGUUCCUUUCCUUCCUCAGGGCCUGGUGACUGUCCCCUUUUGCUCUGGGUGAGGCACAGGGAGGUAGGCCCUCACUAGAGUCUGUAAGCCAUACUUGACUUCUGCAUUGAUUUACAUGUUGUUAUCUUAUAUUUACUGUGACCUUGGUUCCAGACACAGAAUUAUUGUCGUAUUCUCACGAGAUGUGCCUGAUCGUUGUAUAACUUAACUUAUAGACUUGUUUUACCAUAAAGAGUAAGACUACUUUGGUCUCAUUGAAACACUGUUUUGAUUUCUAAUAAAUAUUUAUUUUGUAA